AUGCCUCUUGGUUGGGACGGACUGCGUGUGUGCCCGCUUUGCGGCAUCUGCAUAGCGAACAUUUACGCCGACGGCCCUCGGGGGUCCUGGAAGGACAGGGAGGAAGAUACAAAAGUCGUCCGUGCCGGCGACGGAAUUUGCUUUCAGUGGGCUGUCGGCCUGUUCGCUGACUUUGAGACGCCCAUAGGCAGGAUCGUCUCGGAUAUUCUGCCAGGGAAGUUCAAUGCACAAAGCGUUGUUAAUCACAUUUCCGUGCUGGACGGUUCGGCGCCGCCUGAAUUCUGGGAACACUCUGAUAGUCCGCCAAUGGAGACCCUUCCUAACUUUCCCGAAGCUGCCGAAGACUCUGACGAGGACGCCCCUUUGCUUCCGUUCCGCAACGCCGAAGGGUUUUACGACUCGUAUGACCCCAGAGCUGGUGGUCUUGUACCUGUUCAUCCAGGAUGCAUCUCCCUCGCUUGUGCAUGGACUGGUGUUCCAGUUGACAACCCACGAGAAUUCUUCACACAUCCUACCGGAGGCAGCCUUUUGACAUGCAGUUGCUUGACCUACAAUAGCUCGGGUUUUGGCAUUGAAAAUGUUGUAGGCUCUGAGAUGGUCGAGCAAGAACGGGAGCUGGCGGGCUUGCGUAGGUCCCAGGCUUGCCAAUUCGGAAGGCACCAUUUGCACACGCAUUCCCCCGCGGACGGACGGUACUUUGACGAACGCGUGCUUUUUCAUGACAUCGACUAUGGGUUGACGUUUGACCCAUCGAGAUGGGAACCUUAUGACGGCGAAAUCGAUCCGCCCAUGGAGGCAUCAGAUGAAUGGGUUCUCGUCAGGCCUGACCGCUUCCCAACGUUGACGAUUAUCGCCGUCGGCGCCCUUGACAACGAAGUCGUGCCUUCCUCCCGGCAAGAUGCACCAUUCUCUGACUCAAGCGACAAACUCUCAAAUCUCCCGAUAGAUGUAAUCCUUCGCAUUCUGGAAUUUACGCUACAGCCUGAUAAUGAUCGCGACGCCGACGCAUCUCUGAUGGAGCUUCAAUGCACAAGCCGUCGCUGGAAUGAGUUCUUUACCAGUCACGGCGCCGCCGCACAACUACACUUUCGGAUGCGAUGCCAGUCCAUGGGCUUGGUUCCAACAGUCAGCGACAAGAAGCGGCGCGCAAUGGCGUUCAACGACGUAAUGGCACAGGCACACGCCAACAAUGCGGCGGUCGACUGGGUGGCUUACCACAAAGCUUGUAAACGCUCGGCGAGCAUGCGCAAUCGACAUCGGAUCCAUCGGAUCGUGAGAAAAGCUUUCCGCGUCAUGCAUGUGGAAGAAUUUCGAACUGAGGAACUAUAUCCGGAUAGCAUGUUCCCGAACGCCUUUGCCUGA